ACAAACUCUAACUGAAAAAGCAGCAUACCAAAGCAAAGCUAAAACGAGUGUUUUUGGCCAAAAAACACUCAAAGAUGGCUUCAAAUUUGGGGGGGUUGGAGGAUGAAGAAAGCCAUGGUGGAAGUAGAAUUCAACCUCUCUCCUCCACACCAAUGUCGGAGCAAUGGAGAAUUGAGGAAGGGAAGCAACAAACUUGCACUACAUUGGGUGAGAGGCUGGGCUUCAAGGACUUGUUUUCCUUGAAUGUGUGGCGAGCAUCAAUGGGGGAACUCCUUGGCACAUCAGUGCUUGUUUUCAUGCUCGACACCAUAGUCAUCUCUACUUAUGAAAUAGAAACCAAAACUCCGAACCUCAUAAUGUCAAUCCUAAUAGCUCUUACCAUCACAAUCCUACUUCUCGCCGUCUUCCCGGUUUCCGGUGGCCACAUGAACCCGAUCAUAUCCUUCUCUGCCGCCCUUGUCGGCAUAAUCUCCAUUUCGCGGGCUGCUAUCUACAUUGUGGCCCAAUGCCUUGGAGCUAUUCUAGGAGCCCUAGCACUCCAAGCUGUGGUAAAUAGCACCAUUGAACAAACUUUCUCACUUGGGGGUUGUACUCUCACAGUCAUUGCACCUGGGCCUCAAGGGCCCAUAACAACAGGCCUCGAGACAGGCCAGGCCUUUUGGCUCGAGAUAAUAUGCAGCUUUGUCUUCCUUUUUGCUUCGGUGUGGAUUGCGUUCGAUGGUCGCCAAGCGAAGGCAUUGGGCCAUGUCAUUGUUUGUACCAUCAUUGGGCUUGUGUUGGGCCUUUUGGUGUUUGUCUCGACAACGGUCACGGCGACGAAGGGUUAUGCUGGGGCUGGGAUGAACCCAGCAAGAUGUUUGGGCCCAGCAGUGGUGAGAGGAGGCCACCUUUGGAAUGGGCAUUGGGUGUUUUGGGCUGGGCCAGCCAUUGCUUGUGGGGCAUUCUACCUAUACACAAGGAUCAUUCCACAUCAGCACUUUCAUGCCACAGGGUACAAACAUGACUUCUUGAACAUGUUUAAGGCUUUGUUUGUGUCAAGUUGUGGUCACAAUGUUGGUACAGAGAUAAGACAAUCAGAAUGACAUCCAACGAAGUGGAUCCCAUUGUGCUGAAAUAUUCAUUCUCUAUACUUUUAUGUGUUUUAAUUUUAUGUACUUAGAUUAAAUCAAUAUCCAAUGGUGAUCACAAGCUUUGUUCUUGGUGUUGAAUAUGUCUAAUAAUGUGUUAUGUUGUUCACUUGGUUGGUUCUAUGCCUAAAUGUUAUGCAUGACUUAACGCAUAUGUAUUAUGAGCGUUUACUAUGGAUUUUGGUCACAAACAUCACCUUUAUUGCCAUGACAAUGAGCCAAUGAUCAAAUAUAUGUCUUUCAUUAAA